AUGGCGAGGCGGGCUCCAACUGGGGCCCUUGUCCUGGCCCUGGAGCUCUGGGGCUGGGUGUUGGUUCCAGCGGGGGCCACGGACGCCAUGGGUCCUCACACGGCUGUCCGUCUGGCCGAGCUGCUGACCCCGGAGGAGUGCAGCCACUUCCAGUCGCUCCUGAAGGCGCCGGAGCCGGACGUCGAGGCUGAGCUGGCCAGACUGUCUGAGGAUCGGUUGGCCCGGGCCGAACCCGAACCGCCAGGGACCAGGUCGGGGUCUCCGGGCCGGCGGCGACGGGAGGCGACGGGCCCAGAGGCUGACCCCAAGGAGGUAUCCGACGGCUGCCGGGAGGGGCUGGCGGCUUGGCUGGCAGCCGAAGCCCUGACGCUGCCCUGGGACCGUGUGGCCCGGGCCCUGAGGCGCUGCGGCCGCCCCGACGUGGCCCGGGAGCUGGGCAAGAACCUCCACCAGCAGGCGACGCUGCAGCUGCGCAAGUUUGGGCAGGGCUACCUGCAGCCCGGGGCGCCCCCUGCCCCCGCCCCCGCCCAGCCCCCGGGCCCCGCCCCGGCCGCGCGCUCCCGCCGCGCCUCGGUCCCGGAGCCUAACUGGGACGAACUGGAGCUGGUCUUGGAGCGACUGCCGCAGGCACCGUACGAGCGCAGCCCUCUGGGCUGGGCCGGGCCGCUGGCGCUGGGCCUCUUCACGGGCUUCGUGGGGACACUGGGCGCCGGGGCGCUGUUCAUCCUCCUGACACUGUGGAUCACGGGCGGCGAUGGUGACAGGGUGCGGCCCGGCAGCCUGGGCCCGCCCGCCCCUGCCAGGCUCAGGCCCCACGAGGCGCACAGCUGGUGGGAGGCGAAGCCGCUCGUGAGUGAAGAGCAGCUCCUAUUGCAGGGGGCCUGGGCCCACUCGGUCCGAGCUACAGGUGGGCCAGAUCCUCCCUCACCCCAGUGCCCCCGGCUGUAA